UAUAUAUCAUCGACCAAGACGCGGUCACACUGGUAAAAAUUAAAAAACUAAUUAAAUUAAGUUAAAGGACCUAAAAGGAACUAUCAACGACAGCUGUGAAGGGCCAUCGUUGGCGACAUGGAAUCGGAGCACUUGAAACGACUGGAGGCCAAGGAGGCGGACCACAUUCCCGCCAUCUUGAGCGAAUUUAACACGAAGAAUGCAGAUCUGCUAGUCUUCGACAGCUUUCGCACGGAUAACCAAUGGCACGAGCUGUGGUUGGCCAUCUUUGGCAUCUUGGAGGACCAGAAACUGAGCCAUCUGCAUACGCAGUGUCUGAACACGGUGAGAAUUCUCACGCGAGACGAGUUCAGCCUGCAGACAAACUACAUCGAACACGAGGUUAACACUUUACUAAAACUAGCCAGGAUUGAGGCGAGCUCACUCAAGCUGCCUGCCACACCAGACGAGCUGAAGCAACAGGAGCGCCAGGAGCCCCAACUGGAGCCCAGUCAGGCCCAAUCGGAGGUGAUAGCCGAGGCACUGAAAUGUCUGUGCAAUUUGGUUUACCAGAAUUCUGACUGCAGGCGUCAGUGCCUGCGACAACACUGCCUCGAUGCGAUUCUCAAGCGAGUGGCGUCCUCGAUGCGGCAUCCCUGCGCCCUAGAGUACUACGAUAUGAAGCUUCUUUUUCUGCUUACUGCUUUAGAGCCCGCGGCUCGGUCGCGCCUUCAAAUCGAUCUGAAUGGCCUGACCUAUAUGACCAAGUGGCUGGACGACAAGCUGGGCGAGGAUUCCGUCGGCGACGAGCAGCUAAACAUCAUCUGCGAGCUGCUUAAAGUGAUGUUUAAUGUUACCAGUGCUCCGGAUAAGAGUCCCAAUGAGUAUGAGAUCCAGAGCUUGCAUUUGACAGGUGUGCUCAGGGAGUUGCUUCUGCGUUUUGGCGAUAUGGCCACAGACAAGGAUCGUGCCGUGGUCACACAUGCCAUCAAUCUGCUGACCAACAUCUCAGGCAGCUGUCUCACCGAACUUACCCUGCGCUGCUCCAAUGCUGAGAUUGAGUCCCUCAAAGAAAGGGAGCAGGACAAGGAGAAGGACGGAGAGAAAGAUACGGAAGCUGGAGCCAAAGCCAAGCCGCGCAAAUGCUGCUCGCUGUGCUUUGAGAAGCGCAAUGUCCGUAGUCUGGACGUGCUACUUCGUUAUCUUCGACAAUCGCUGGCCCAACAGGAGGCCGAAGCCAGCUCGCAUGAGUUGCUCUCGCCAGUUCUGACCGUAUUGGUGAAAUGUGCCCGCAGCGAUCGAGUGAUGCGUCACUAUCUGCGGCAGGAGAUUCUGCCGCCGCUCCGUGACGUUAGCCAGCGGCCUGAGAUUGGCCAGGAGCUGCGUAAUCAUCUGUGUCGGUUCCUUACACUGCCCGCCAUGAUCCUGAGGGAUCUGUCUGCCGAGUUGCUUUUUGUACUGUGCAAAGAAGACGUCGGACGGAUGAUUAAGUAUACGGGAUAUGGAAACGCAGCUGGGCUGUUCGCCAAGCGGGGCAUACUCGAUUGCCGAAGGGUGGAGGGUGCAGACUACUCAUCCGACAGUGAAGACAGCGACACCGAAGAGUACAAGCAGCAGCAGCAGGGCAUCAAUCCCGUGCUGGGUUGCGUGGAGCCGCGCGGCAGGUCACAUUUGGACGAGAUAAGCGAGGAGCAGAAAGAAUACGAGGCUAUGCAGCUGGUCAAUCUCAUCGAGCAGCUGCGCCAGGGCGGAAUCGUUAAGCCGGCGCUAAUUGAUAGAGAUGGGCGGCCGCAGCCACUGGAGCACAUCCUUCAGCUGCAGGAGGAGUUACCGCAGCAACAGCUCGACCAAAAGCGAAAAACUUAAACCUGAAAUUUAUCCGUGGAACUGCUAUGGCACAACUUCCAAAAAGCUACCAAAUAAUCACUCUAAACUUUGCAUUUAUUCAAUAGGUUAACACUCGGAUUUGAAUGUGUUCCAAAAGCUGAAAUGCUUAUUAUCACCUAAUUGUUAUUGUCUCUGAAAACAAAUGUCAAAUUACUGAGUUCAGUCAAAUAAUUUUUUUUAUAACAUUGCUCCGAGAACACCCAUGAUCCUACAUGUUGUUAUCCGAAAAUGAAAAGUUAUGGGUUUGAUUUUAGUGCCAUGCUAUAAGUAUUUAAUCAUUUUAACCGAUAUUGAUACAGCUUUCAUCUAAAUGUUGUAGCAAACUAUUAUUAUUAGAGUUAGCUAAAAUCAUUAUAAUCGAAUCAUUUGUAGAACUUCUUUUUUUUUUUACUUUUAUAAUUAAUUACACUAGUGGAAAUUUGUACUUUUGUAGAGUUUUUGCAUUUUGUUGUCAUUUAGUUUUGCAUGUGAUUUGUAUGGGCAUUUGGAGUUGAUACCAUGGCAUCUCAAACCAUAGAUAACGUACCGCUUGAAUCGAUAACUAAAUGCAAAACAAUCGUUGGGGUCUUCCAAUUUUAUGAAAUUGGAAGUGGGGAACAGUUCAACAGAAACGAAAAGAAACCAAAACUGAAUUCUUUUAUAUAUACACACGAUCUCGCAUUGAUCGACAGAUAGACAAAUUUGACUAAUCUUUGUAAUAAUUAAGUGCAUGUACUUAUAAAAAUUCAAAUUAUACACUUAUGAUCUAGAUUUGGGCUCCCAUAAAAAGCUCUUAUACAGAUUCGCGUAGCUGGGAAAUGGCUUAUAAGACCUAUUUCACUCCCAGCUUUUAUAAUAUAAAUGUUGCAUGUUUGUAUGUAACUCUAGGAACUAACUAAACUUACUACAAAGUCUAUCUAUGACAGACGCAAGUGAGACGUACUUGAAUCCCAGUUCUUUGUGGGUUUUAGUUUCCAUAUUGUUGAUACUAUUCUAUGUUGUAAAUUCCGAAGUAUGGGGUAAAGGAACGAUUCCAAAACUUUUUAAAAGUCACGUGUCUUUGAUCUUUAUACAGGAAAUCCUAUAUAGAGCUUUAUUGUGUUCAAUUUGGUAUAGCUAUAGAAGAUCUAAUAACAUACAUAUAUGUACAUCAAAACAUAGUAAUAUUUGUUGCCGUUGAUGUGUGUGCGAGUCUUAAUGUGCGUCUAUCCUAAGCUUAACAAUAAAUCAAAGUCUUGCUAAAUCAAAAGAAUUAUCUAUUUUCAUACUCAAUAGGGUCGAUGACUCAAAAAUGACUAUUUCUUUAUCGGAAAUAUAUAAUAACAUUGUUAAUGUUAUGGUUAUGUGGAUAAUUAAUCUAGUAAACGAAGGUUAAAUUGAAACAUG